AUGAAUCUCCCAGGAGCACUUCCAUCUUUGUCUACGUUGAAUGAUAGUCUCAAAAAAGCUGGAGAAUGUAUUGAAGAAGCUGAAUUUCGAUUCGAUGCCCUUCAUGAACAUCAAAAGUCGUUGGACUAUCAGACAGCCGUUUGUUCCGAAGACUGUAUUGGAGUGACAAAAAAGAUCAAGUAUAAUGCUUCAACAAAUACUUUCAGUGUAUUUUCAGUUCCAUUGAAACAUGGUUUACCUGUUGCUCGUCAUUUUCAAACUAAUUCUUUCAAUCAAUUGAGAAAUUGGAUUGAGAUGGAAGAUAAAUCAUCUUACCUCAAUAUAUAUAUGGUUCAGCCUCUGUUUGCAUCUAAUCCAUAUUCAUCGCCAUUUUUGUUAGCUGCCUAUGGGCUUAGCGACAAGUUUGAAGCCGUUGAUGUUCUUCAUCGAUGGUUAUGGAUUUUUGAAAAAUCUCGAGAAUUGAAUGUUCGUGUUGUUGCAUAUUCUACCGAUUGUGAUUCUCGAUAUCUUCUUUCGAUGAGACUUGCAACAACUUUUUUUGCAAAAUAUAAUAAUAUUGCAAUAUGUAAUCGUGUUGAUGUACUUGAAAUCGAUUUGCCACAAGAGUGA